CGUCAUCUUUCUGGGUUUCCUUCUGGAGUUGUGGCGAUUUUAAUAGCAGCGUUUUUCAUUUGUCGUAGACAUCAUUUAGAAGAACACUUCUGAGUCUUGAUUUUCUGCUGAAAUCCCAAGAGUAACUUGAAAUGCCUGGACCAGCAGCGAGUGCCACUAAUGUCGGUGCAGGGAGCCGAUCCCCAAGCAAGACAGUGGCCCCCCGUGCAGCAGGAUCCACAGUCCGACAGAGGAAAGCGACGAGCAGCGGCACACGCAGUGCGGGCAGGACCACGGCAUCCGCGGGUGGCACUGGUGGCAUGUGGCGCUUCUACACAGAGGACUCACCUGGACUCAAAGUUGGGCCGGUGCCGGUGCUGGUGAUGAGUCUGCUGUUCAUUGCGUCUGUCUUCAUGCUGCACAUCUGGGGGAAGUACACCCGUUCCUAAACCCUGCCCCCUGACCUUUAACAACUGACCCUGUGCUGUGGCUUUUCAUCACGUCGGACCUGGACCAAACAAACAAGCAACAUUAAACCCCCAAAAAAACUCUGCCCCAUUUCCCUCCCCUCAGCCCUGAAUGGGGUGAAACAGCCCCCAUCUAUCUGGUAACCAGAGCAGAGCUGCAGUCCAGUGUCCAACUGAACUCCAGAUCACCAGUGUGUUGACCCUGAGCACAGAGCAUAUUGGGCUGAAUGCUAACAUGAGACACUCAUGCUUAAGUCAAGCUUGCUGGUGUCAGUCCUAUUGAUGUCAAUGGGUGAUAUCUCCGGUUAGGAUUGGGCCCUAGUCCAUUCACCAGGAUUUAUUUUUUUCUCCAGUCAAAAUUAGAACCUGUAGA